AUGGAGUCCACCAAAUUUCCAAAGAGACCCACGCUUCGAUGGGAUCAAUACAAGCGACAGGUAUUGUGCUGUUUGUAUCGAUUCUUUAUGUGCGACAAGAAGGAAACCGAGGAGAUAUUCUCCUACAUGUUUAGAGGCCAUCUAAACGAGCGCGGUAUCCAAGGCUUUGUUCCAUUUGCCACCCUCAACACUCAGUGGGUUUGGAUGAAGAAUAUACGGGAUCCAGUUUGGUCCCAUGUGCAUUUAAACACCGCAUUUGAGACUGAUGGCAAGUGGAAGGAGAUUCUUACGAAAAUCAAAUUUGCAGCCGAAACAUUGCGAUUCCAACUCCGCGAGAAGACGGAGGACGACACUACCACGUCACACUGGAGCUCUUUGGGGCCCGACAGCGAGCGGAGUGUUGUAUCAGAUGAACCCGCCACGCCAAUGCUUCGUCACACAUUGUCUGCCCCAGAGACUCUCAACCCGAUGGUGUUGUUAUUUCCGACCCGAGAUCAUGUCUUCGGUGAAAUAUCUAGAGCCAAUCAAAGCAUCGACGAAUCCAUGGACCAAAGCGUCAACCAGACCGUAUACCAGCAGAAUGACCUCCAUAACAACAUCCCCAAUGCACUCCAUGGGUCCACCGAGCCUGUCGUCACUAGCGAUGGAAAGCUCUGUCUUUGGUUUGAUCACGAAGGAACCAGCUAUGAAUUCGAGGACACCCAGGAACUGCAAGAUGAAGACUGCGACUACGACAGUGGAUAUGAGGAUACUAGUUAUGCCAACCAGCAUAACGACCGACAAGAGGACCCUAGUAUGAGAGAGCAUACCCAGGCAUUCAAGCAGUCUAUGAGAGGCCAUGUUGUUACCCUGAACAAGCAAACUAUCCUCGAAGAAAUGGAGUGGCAUCACUCGAUCUCCUGGAAUUGGCUCCAUGGUGGGCUGACGCCCAAAUGGCAAUCUCAUGGUGCGAAUUGGUCUAUAACGGACAGGAACCAGACUGCCCCAAAAGAAUAUCACAUGCGUUAUUUAUCUGGCAACCCCUAUUCCCAAUUGCUGUCAAAAACAUAG